AGCGCCUGGAAAGUUUCGGCCCUCCAUAACGCACAAAUCGAUCUUCUAUCCUGACACCUGUGCAUGCAUCGCUCGUACACGCUUCCAUCAGUUGCCGUCUACUCUUGAUACUUACGUCUGAUCCUCAAGGCUCGCCCGGACUCCGCUAUCUGGCGUGAAGAAAAAUUAGGUUUGGGUGGGAGAAUCCGGUCGGUUGUUGAGUCCAAAGUAAAGGGCCUAGUCGAGAGUUCGAGAGGCCGUAAACAUUGCGAGCGGAGGGCUAUCAGAAUCCUCAAUUUAGAGUAUAGCCGAGAUCCUGGCUCAUUUCUUCUUCCGGAACAGUUCUAAAGAGUUAUAGUCCCCUUUUAUAGCGAAGCACGACAGUCCCGCUUGGUAUUACUUGUUUAUGGUUGUCCUUCUCAAGCCCUUUGUGUAUCUCGCCAGGAUCUCUUCUCUCGCCUUCUUGUCUCUCUGAUUGUCAUGAAAAUCCGUACUGCCUAGUCCUGUCAACCUCAUCUGUAAAGAGUGUACUCAAAACAAGCUUCAGAUCCGCUUGACAACCGAAUCUUCACCUCCAUCUUCAUUCGAUUGUCGAACGUAGACCGGGUGCAGUAUCGUCAACUCGCUAUCCCUUAAAGUUACGAGCAGUCUAACGGUGUUUGUCGGCACCGGAGGCGUUUAUGUCUUCAAGCAUGCCAUUUCCGGCCGAGGACAACAGAUCGUUCGGGCCAGAGCAGGCAGGUCGAAUCCAAGGCGGCUUGUCUUACAUGCAUGGACAUGAUCAUACCUCAUACAAUGAACAUGAUUAUGCUUCAAAGCCAGCUUAUAGAUCGUAUGGAAGUGUGAAUGGCGUUUCAGAGCCACAAUCCUCGCUUUCGAGUGUGCUUGGCUAUGGCGCUCAACAUCCCGCCAGAUUGUCGAGCACAGGAGCGCAUGGUAGUUCGGGGGAUUAUCAUAGUCUUCCCCCAUCGUCCGUCCAAACCUCAUACGAGCAGACCGAGGUGUCGGACGGCUCUUCUGUUGUCCGCGGUGCCCGUCCCUCAGAGGUUUUCCCGACAGCUUCGCCUUCAGGAUCUGGACAUUCUCCCAUAGCGAAUGCCAGCGCUCAACCACAAUAUUCUGAGAGGUCACUUUCUCCCCCAUCGGAACCACGCCCACUGGGCAAGCGCAAAGAGAAACCUCGUAUUGCGCUCGCGCCAGAUCAACCGCUGACUACGCAGGGUAAGCCCCGCGCCAGAGUCUAUGUGGCUUGUGUACAGUGUCGGAGCCGAAAAAUCAGAUGCGAUGGUGCAAAGCCUAUUUGUCACAACUGUACUCGGAAGUGUGCAGAGGGUGUGACACCUGAGUGCACUUACGAUCCGGCACCCAAACGUCGUGGACCAGACAAGGUACCGGGUGCUCGACAGAGGACAGCACAGAGUACUGUUACCGAUGGCGGGAAAGUGCGCAAGAGACGAAGACGUCAUCCUGAACAGAACAAGACAACGACUAGCUUGACUGUGAACCUGCACAGCGACGCUACUGGAGCUGAUUGGACCAAUCAGAGGCCGAUGCGAAUGGAGGUAUACACUGGGAAUCCAGCUACUGCGCAGUCCCAUGCUUCUGCAAGACCUCAAGGGCUGUCAGUGAUUGUGUCCGACUUAGAUGCGUACAAGGACCGGCAAGCGAGUUCAUCCUAUCAUCCGCUCAGCGGUGGUAGUUCGAACAAUUCGUCGCCUCUUCAACACGUGUCUCCACUUUCACAUCUCGGUGAGACCCUGCCGAGUCAGAAUGGCAGUUAUGUGUCCCCAUCUCAGCAUGUCACUCAGUAUUCCCAGUUACAUCCUACAGCGACUUUCAAUCCUCUUGGCUCAGAGUUGAACUAUCUUGGCUAUGUCCCAUCGUGGAAUACCUCAUCUGUGCUAGAUCAGAACGAGUACGAUGAGGAGAUUGACCGGAGUACCGAGAUCGCGGCCGAACCGUCACUACAGUUUACUCGAGCGACAUGGUGGGAUGCUCUCUUGAGUCUCUACGCUAGAAGAACGCCUACUCCAGAGCUGGCCUUGUCUCCUGGUCUCCGGGAAGCGACAACGCAGCGUAUCAUUUCCGACAUACAGUUUAUUUUUCGUGCUUCGAAUUUCUGGUUUUCCUUUGUUAACAUUUCACGAUUCUUUACUCGGAUAAUGGAUACUAGACAACGUCAAGGUGUCCAACCGAGUUUGGUGCUGGCUUUGCUUUCGCUUUCGACUUUCAUGCAAAGCUCCGAACGUGAAGGCGGCGCGAAAGGGAGAUCUUGGGCUUUAAGACUUCGCGAUGAAGCUCAGAGUGCUCUGGAAGCGAGUCUGAACGGUCGUUGGAUUGAUGAGUCGCUUGUACAUGCGAGUUGGCUCUUAGCUUUCUUCGAAAUAUCUGCUCAUCCGGCACAUAGCACCAACAGAGUGCGAUCUGCCAUGUCCAGACUGGACUCGCUUCUCCGUAGUAUGGCCUUAUGUAGUGUCGACAAGGACGAUCCUCGAGUGACAAGGUUCGGCAAUCGAGUUGUUCCUGCCGUCUCUCCACGUUCGCAGACUGAAUCACUACCUCAUUGGAAUCCUCAUCAUCAUCAUCAUCAUCACGUUCCCCGUGCUCAAGGUCACCCUGCAUACGUUGUCCCGAGUUCUCCGUCUCCACCGCAUUGUUCCUGCACUUCAUUCACUCUUGGGCAUAAUUCCCCAAUCGCCAAGGACGUGACUCCUUUGUGGUUGACAACGCCAGCCUGGCCGGAUUCCUGGACCGAAGGCGAGAUCCGGAAGGAAGAAUGUCGCAGGAUAGUAUGGAGCAGCAUGACGUUAACUGCAGGACACAGCUCAUACACGGCUGCUUGCAAUGGUUCCGCUCAGAUGGACUUAUUUAUUAGCAACCCUGCCAACUACACUGUCCUAUUCCCCGGGGAAUCUCUCAUGCCGGCGGCGUCUCCUGAUCUUGCCAAAGAGACAGUGUGGGCGUUGUACAUGCGUUCCAUGCUAUUGUGGCAUAGUUGUGUUCGGAUGCGGUUAGAACCUGAAGGAGAUGAUGCUACCAAGGCUCAGUUUGCGGUUGGCGCUUGGCUGGAAAUCGACCGUAUCGAAGAGGCGCUGUCAAAACAUACGUGCAACAUUGAGAGGGCCUUCCUGUUUCAAGGCAGAGAGUUUUUGUUCAAUGCUAGGAUGUGCAUCUCGCACGAGUUUCGACGGUACAUUCCACAAGCUGCAGCCAAUGCGAACUUCCUCUUCCACCGGCAGAAGGCCGAGGAAUGGCUCAAGCAUCAAGCUGCCGUAGCCGAGCAGGUCAUGUAUGGUCUUCAGACUGUUACUGGACAGCCCAACGUCAGCAUAACACGACGAUCAUUCUUUUUGUUUUGGUUUAUGUCGCAAGUUUCGAGGGCGUUGACUCUAUGGACCUGCGAUAAUAGUCUGACGGUGGCAUUGGAGAUGUCCAAGACCAUGCUGGCCCCGAUCGAGUAUCUCAUGUCUCUUUGGCCCUGUCCUGCGCAACAGAUACGUUACCGGGAGCUGCGAGAACAACUGAAUGCUUCCUGUCGCGCGGCAGGAAUUCCCCCGCCAUCCUUGGAUUCCUCUAGCCUGUUCCUUCCACUUGGUUGAGUUCUUGUAUCGAUAGUUUUCUUUCGACAUUUUUGUGUGUUUCCCGCUGAACAGUUAUCACUGCAUAUGUACCAUAGUUUGCAUAUCUGGACUUCCCCGUUACAUAGAUUAUUCUUCUUGCGCCGUUAAUGGAUAGAUUCUUGGCAUAUAGAAGUUGUUAAUGAGCGUGUCAGCGUCUGUUUGU